AUGUCCACUCCUGUGACAGUAACAGAGACUGCCUUGCCUAGAGCUGCCACCACCCAGGGGGGCAACUUUGGGAAGGCUACACCACUGCUCACCACAUCCAGUGUUGCUCCACAGGCUGAUCCAACAGAUGCACCCCUUAGACCUUCACCGAGUACAACAAACCCCAGCAACAUUGCCCCCGCAGUGGCACUGACCACAGUGAAAUCUCCUGUGCUGACAACACCAGCCAGUCACCAGCCAACCUCAGGUGAUGCUAGCACCAUGAAAGACCCCAGAGCAAAAACACCCACUGCCACUAAGCACAUGUAUACCACUGAUGAAAGCACAGAAGCUGUGGAUCCCACCACUGCAAAACCUGGCCAAGUCACUGAAGAAAACAUCCCUGUUACAAGCCCUUCUGAAGCACCUCCAGCCAUCAAGACCACUGUGAGCACUGCAACUACUUUGGCUGCUACCAAACCAACCACUGUUCCUCCACUGAGCAGCACAGUCAGGCUGAGGACGUCACCUCCAGCAACAGAUGUGGAUAAAUGCCUUUCCAACCCUUGUCCUGCACUGGCCACGUGCAACAACACCCAUGGCUCCUAUAUCUGUCAGUGUCCUCUUGGAUAUGAGCUGGAAAAAGGAAAGUGCAAUUUAGUAAGAGUAUUUAUCGGCCAAGUGCCCCUGAAACUUAAUAUUACCCAUGGGAAGUAUGCAGAGCUCUUCAACGUUGAGAAUGAGAUCCUGGCAAUGCUUGAUGCAUCACUGUCGAGCUUGCCAGGGUACCACCACUCCACAGUGGUGGCAAGCAGGGAGGCAAAUUUUGUGCACGUUUCAGUGCAAUCCACGUUCUCUUUAGCAUCCAAUGUGACUUUCUACGACGUUAUCAGCAGUGUGAAAAGCUACACUAGAGCUUGCAAAUCCCCAACCGAAGCCUGCCAGCUCAUCUCCAGCCUGAAAAUGCUCCACAGAGCUGGCAGCUUGUGCAGACAGAAAGACCCUGAAUGCGACAAGGAAACUUCGGAAUGCACCGACUUUGAUGGAAUUGCACUCUGCCAGUGCAAAAGUGGGUACUUCAAAUACAACAAGAUGGACCACUCCUGCAGAGCCUGUGAAGAUGGAUAUAAGCUGGAAAAUGAGACAUGUGUGAGCUGCCCAUUUGGCUUGGGAGGAUUCAACUGUGGAAACCCAUAUCAGCUCAUCACCGUGGUGAUUGCAGCUGCAGGAGGGGGACUCCUGCUCAUCAUGGGCAUAGCACUGAUUGUCACCUGCUGCCGGAAGAAUAAAAAUGACAUAAGUAAACUGAUUUUCAAGAGUGGGGAUUUCCAGAUGUCACCUUACGCUGAAUAUCCGAAGAACCCUCGGGCACAAGAGUGGGGCAGAGAGACCAUCGAGAUGCAGGAGAAUGGAAGCACCAAGAACCUGUUGCAGAUGACAGAUGUGUAUUAUUCGCCAACUGGACUGAGAAAUCCUGAACUGGAAAGAAACGGACUUUAUCCUCCCUACACUGGUUUGCCUGGAUCUCGACAUUCAUGCAUCUACCCUGGACAAUACAAUCCAUCCUUCAUUAGUGACGAAACCAGAAGAAGAGACUAUUUUUAG